CUUCAUGUUUUUUUCUUUUUUUGUUCUUUUUUUUCUUUUUUCUUAGUUUAAUACAGAGACUUUUCACAGAUAUAAUACACAUAAACCGAACAAAAUUGCUCUACAAUCAAAAUUAUAGACAGGAAGUCAUUUUAUAAAAUUGACAAUACACAACUUUGCCAAUACACAACAUUUCCAAUACACAAACCUCACAACUAUAAUGCUCGUGCAAAAAUUACCAACAAUAGUGGUUGUAAAUUUUUUUACUGUGUAGGCUAAAAGGUGCCCCACUCCCCCUCUAUAUAACAAAGUGAUACAAUGUCAGAGAAUUGUUGAAUUUUGAAACACAAGGUAGAAAUAAACACUGAUAUUUAUGUCUAUACCUACUUGGAUUUAUGUCGACUAUUUCUUUACUGAACAAGGAUCCCUACAGCAACUGUGAAUUCAUAUAAGUUUCGUCCUAGUCUACUAUCUAAUUUUAAAAAAUUGCAAUUUUUAUAACUACCCUGUGUUUAUUGCUGCCCCAAUUUUCUCUAAGGUUUUAAACACUACAGUUUAGAGAAUAGGGUUUUUGCUUUGGAAAAUAAAUAGAAAAAUUGAAAUAUUCAAAGGCAGGUCGCUUUCCCCUGUAGUUCUGGCCCUAUGGCGUGGAUUGAGCUGAAAUUUUAGUAUGCUGUAGUUACGUUUAAAUAUCUAAAUAAAAUCUAAUAUUAUAUCUUAAAAAAAUCUUAAUUGUCUCAAACAUCCCUGAUCCGAGCUGUAAGGAAGGGAUCAAAGUUCAAAAAUUGACCCGACUAUAGGGUAAGAUGUGGUAAUUUGGAAUCAUGUCUAAUUUGGAACUAUGAGAUUUCCAACCAAUUUCAGAUGGCAAAACAAUAAAACUACGAAGAAGUACUUUUGAACGUAAAGUCCUGUACUGCCUCGUGGUUUUCUUAUUUCCUUUGACCAUAUGAAACAGUGAGAACCUCUAAAAAUUGCAAAAUAGGCUUGAUUCCAAAUUACUCCGUCUUACUCUCUCUGGUUAUAAUUAACAUUUUGACCUGAAUUUUUCUUUGUGGGUUUGUCACGAUCAGCGAUAUUAGAAGAUAAUUUAAAAUUUCACCAGUCAGUGGUGCUAUGUGAUAACAUAAAAAUUCAAAUACACAAACCUCACAACUAUAAUGCUCGUGCAAAAAUUACCAACGAUAGUGGUUGUAAAUUCUUCACAUAAAAAUUCAAAUUAAUUUUUCUCAAAAACACCAUUUGUGCAUUUUGUGGUGUUGCAGUCUACUAGGCUAUGAAGUUUACAAAAAGUGAUGUGGGACUGUGGGAUCGCUGUGGUUACGAUAGAACUGGAGAUAUUGGGUUAAAGUUCAUGUAAUUCGAAACCCAAUAUCUCCGGUUCUAUUUUACCGCAUUUGAAGUGAGGGCGCAAAAACGAAAAGUUUUCGGUUGGGUCUCCCACAGAUGAUUCAUGUAUCCCCUAAGCUGUCCCCGAAAAUAUCUAAUCCGAUAUAUGGCCACCGUGUUGAAUUGGAACAUUCUACACAUCCUUCGAAAACUUUUGUGCCUUCGGUAGGCAGUGAUGACACCAGCAAUCGUGAAUCUGAAUGUAGUGGGGAGCGCUCACCCAUCAGUCCCAUAUGUUCAAUGACUAUAGGAGUACCAAAGACAACACUUUAUGAUUCUUUGGCGGCAGAAUUGCGUGCCAAAUUGAACGGAAAAGGCCCUCCCAUACUGCUUCCGCCACGUGAUUACGACACUGUGCACCGUUCAAAGGGAAAUCUAGCAGCCACUGAACUUCGGCGGUGUCAAAACCAGUCGAUUGUAGGUGGACCAGAUUCUGGAAAGCAGGGUGUGUCCUCGCGUGGGUCUUCUGGCAUUGGAUCAGAUCUAGCACCCAGUCCUGAGCGUCAGGAUAUACAAAUAUCUAGUGAUGAUGAUUGGACCAAUGAUCAUCAAGAAUCAAUUAUUAUUAUGCAGGCACCACGGAGACCUGCCCCAGAUAAUCUGACACCCAUCGGAUUGUCGACUCAGAGACCAAUAACCACAUAUUUGUAUCCCGACGAAGCUCCACGUAAUGAUCAGUUUGUUGACAAUCACAAUGUACUUCUCAAGCACCGAAUAAUUCCUUUAAAAGCACCGGCUGAAGAGCGACGAAGGAGUGAUUCUUCACAAUCACGUGAAGACGAGGUAAAACCAAUUCUAACAAAAAAUCGCCAUCCAUACAAUGAGUCAACUCGGUUUCGAGAGGUAUUUGAUCAAGGUAAAAAUUAUGCUGUAGAGUUAAAAAAAAACCAAUUCUCUGAAGAUGAAAAGGAUGUCUUAGAAAAAGAUGAAAUUGAGAGACCAGUAAGAAGGGUGUCUUCUACAAAAACAAAGGAAAUUGAUUUUAAAUUUAGAGAGAACCUGACAGACAAACAAAAAUAUAUGGCAGAAAAAUGUCGACAAAAUUGUCAUCGAGGAAGAUUACGAUCUGAUCAAAUGGACAAUAUGAUUGAGAAGAUGGAAAAUGUAAAAUAUCGUGAAGAGAAGCCACGUUAUAAAUUGCAUUUGUCAGAAAAAUCCAGUAAUGCGAGUCGGGAAAAAUCAGUAGAAAUAUCCAAGUACGGGGACUUUGCUGCAGAAGAUGGAAUUGAGAGAAAUCCCUAUCAUGAGCUAGAAAGUCAGCCUUACCGGGAAUCAAUUGAGAAGAUGAUAAAGUCUCCAGUAAUGCGAUACAAAUCCUUUGAUGAUUCUAAGUAUCAUCUUGAGAUUAUUCCCAUGGAAGAAACAUGGAAUGACAAGAAAAGUUAUUUAUCGCAGAAACGCUAUCAUGAGGAUGUCAAAAUGUAUCAGUAUGCUCAAGAAGAGUUUAAGCCGAGUCGACGUGAUUAUGUAAUUGAAGGAAAGAAGGUGUCUCCAAAAGAGCGUUUUUACAAUGCUAGAGAGAAAUUCAAAGCUAUGGAAUGUGGAGUUCAUAAGCCAAGUCGUUCAUAUGAUGUAAUGGCAUCCAAAAGGGAAUCGCUCGAUCCUUCUUCGAGGCACUCCUUACAGCAUCUAAGAUCGAGUCCAAUACUUUGUAAGGACGACUGGAGUUCAGAUGAAGAUCUUUCAUUGCAGAACAUUUCUGUGCCGACAUAUCGCGAUCAUGAGCCACCCCGUAUGAUAUCAAGAAAUCUAGUAAAGGGAUAUCGCCACAGCUAUGCCGAACCACGAAAUCCAAUGCCUCGUACCCCUUGUACCAGUGGACGCGUUGGCCUAGCCGCUGUUAAUCAUUAUUGAUCACAAUAUCUCGCGAAAUCACAAAUCUUCUUCCUGUAUAUUGAAUUUUUUUUAUAAAUUUAUAGGUGAAUUGUACCACGAAUAACCCUACUUAUUCCUAUAAUAAUAACUUAUCCCCUAGUCUA